UGGUGAAGCUGGUGAAGGGCGGGCGAGGUAACAGUCUGAGUGAGUGCGAGGGAAGCCUUAUCACGGAGGCACGGCUGAAGACAACAUUUGCAAAAUGCCGAAUAAAACUAAAAAAGAGAAGGAACCAACCAAAUCUGCAAAAAGCAGCACGAAAAACAGUAAUGCCGGUGGCGGAAAGGAUGCUGGGACUGAAAAUUCAGAAGAGGCCCAGCAGACAGCCAGCAAGCGUCCGAGCAACAGCACUCCACCUCCCACUCAGCUCAACAAAAUUAAGUACUCUGGUGGGCCUCAGAUUGUAAAGAAGGAGCGUCGACAGAGUUCGUCACGUUUCAACCUCAGCAAGAACCGGGAACUGCAGAAGCUUCCCGCCCUCAAAGGUAGAAAUGACUCCAAACAGAACAUAGUCAUGGCUCACAGCUGUUCGUACUUUGUUGAUGAUUUCUUGGAAUGAUCAAGUGAUCUGUUG